UUCAUCUACGUUCCAUUGUUGUCUUUGUAAUCAUCGAGUCGAGUCGAGUUUCAAACGCAUUGUUAAUGCUUUACAACAUUUCGACGAACCACUGCAAACUAGUCAACUGAUAACUCGUGAGCGACAAAGUAUGGGCAUUACUGGACUCGCAACUUUUCUUUCGCGUCUUCCGGGCGGACGUUGUAAGGUGAACAUUUUAGAUGAAAUUCGUAAAUCAGGAAGCAAAGAACCACUCGUUGUCAUCGACCUCAUAACAAUAGUUUGUUCACUGAGCGGCCCUGUCGGUGAGCAUAUUUAUGGCUGUCGGAAUCAAUUCGCGUUUGCUACGGCGGCUAAAUUUUGCAACAACCUGAUCGCGGCUGGUGCAAAGCUUACCUUCUUUUUGAAUGGAAAGGUACAGGAGAGCAAAUAUGACUAUUGGGUUCAGAAACAAGAGAAGGCGUAUGCGGAUUCUUUGAAAAAAAUGGACGACAUUCCGGUGAAACGCAAUGGCCACAUUCAUGGGAACGUAACGAAACAUGCGUUUAUCACGGCACUGAUCAAUGUCGCUAGGAAAAUCGGAAAACUAAUUUUGACAUAUGACGAGGAGUGUGAUCGACAGGCCGUUGCGUAUGCGAGGAAACAUAAUGCCCUAGCGGUGAUCACCGGUGAUUCGGAUUACUUGAUUUAUCAGGGAAGAUGGCGAGUGUGGUCCAGCUCGGAUCUAAAUCUGAAAACGAUGCGCACAUAUGAGUGGAAUAAAGAAGUCCUCAUAAAGGCGCUGGGUCUCAAAUGGAGCCAAAUGCCAUUCUUUGCGGUUAUCGCGGGGAACGACUACUUCAAACAUCGACCGUCAGGAAUGCGCACUUUUUACGAAGUUGCGCACAUAGUCAGAGAAUUGCGGUUGGAGCUCCGCUGCACCAAGAUAACCAUUAAAUUGUUCGAGAAAAUUUUCGGUAGAAAGAGUAAAAAGCUGAAACGUAAUUUUGAGAAGGGAAUCAGGAUAUAUGAUUUGAAAUAUACCGUUCCGAAGGCAACUGUCCCUCCGGAAAUGCGUCGUUUUCCAAACUACACGAUAUGUAUUCUAUGCAACAUUCCUGGAUCGGUACGAUUACCGUGUCUGGAUCUCCGAGAUGCGGAGUACUCCCAGUUAGCACUGCAGAUAUAUCGGCGUCAAGUUGGAAUGCUCUUCUAUCAUCGGAGGAUAGCGUCCGAGGACACGCUCACGUCACAGGUCCUAAUCAAGCCUGACCAUCACUCACCGUAUCAACUCAUUACGGUUACACCAAUCUAUCCUCCUAACGAUGUGAUAGUACCCCUCCCUAAGGAACUGUAUUCGUCUAAAUUGUCCAGAACGUGUAAAGUGAGACUCCUAUGCUGGCUUGUAUCCGAUACACUGACCAUUGGUGAAAUAUUACAUAUUCCUUGGGAGUUUUUGCUUGACGUUGUCACACUUUAUUUCUUAGUGGAGAACAAUGUUUUAGAUGUAGAGACUGCUGAUAUUAUUCUGAUUACGAUUCAAGACUAUUGGAAUAACACAAUUCCUCAAGCCAUGCCCUUGGAACAGCCAACAAAAUGUAAUGUACAAACAAGUUUUUUGUACGUUCAUUUCUAUUCAAUGAUUUACUUCUGUGCGGAAAUCGUCGGACUAUGUGAAGAAUUUGAUACAUUUUUCCAUUGCAAGUUCGAUGGCGUAUACUUCAACAGGAUUGCAGACCACUUGCGAUGCAAUAACUCCUUGCUGGAAGUGGCUAGGAGCCAUAUUGGCAGUUAUCGACGUUACAGUAAGUUUUCAAAUCAGUCUGACUGUACCUAAAAUUAUAGGUAAACCUAUGUGUUUUAUUUUCUUGGUUCGAAUUGAUGUUAUUUGACUGUUGUAAUUUUUUUUCUAAGACGUGAAGACGUGAAAAAAUAAAUGUUAUUUAAUUGGUGUA